AUGCCCAGAAAACUAACUCUUCCGGAGCCGCUCACUGGAAAUUUGUGGAGAUUAGAUGAUUUCGAAUUGUAUCCGUGUCUACUGGUUAUGUUCAUCUGCAAUCACUGCCCGUUUGUGGUUCACUUGAAGAAAGACAUUGUAAAGCUCUCCAAUUUCUACAUGCAGAAAGGCCUUGCUGUUGUUGCAAUAUCUUCGAAUUCUGUAGUGACACAUCCUCAGGAUGGGCCAGAGUUCAUGGCAGAAGAUGCAAAAAAGUUUAAAUACCCAUUUCCUUACUUGUACGAUGAGUCACAAGAGGUUGCAAGGGAAUUUGGAGCUGUCUGUACCCCUGAGUUUUUCUUAUACAAGAAGAAUGGUCGUAGGCCUUAUGAGUUGGUCUAUCACGGCCAGUUUGAUGACUCCAGGCCUAGCAAUAACAUACCAGUAAACGGGAGGGAUCUAAGCCUGGCGAUUGAUCUUGCUCUUAGCUGCCAACCAAUACCAUCAAAUCAAAAGCCAAGGUACACUCACAAUUUUGUCUUUGUUUACAUUAAUGUUUAUAUAUCCUUUUGA